AUGGCUGGCGGAGGUAAUAUCAAGGUGGUGGUGAGAGUACGGCCGUUCAAUAGCAGAGAACUCGACCGAAAUGCAAAAUGUAUCAUUCAGAUGAAAGGGAACCAAACGGUUCUCAUCCCCCCUCCUGGAGCCGAUGACAAACUACGGAAAGCCGGUGGGAAAGGUGCAGUGGAAGGGCCGAAGGCCUUUGCCUUCGACAGGUCGUAUUGGUCUUUCGACAAGAAUGCCCCGGAAUACGCCAGUCAGGAUAAUCUAUUCGCUGAUCUGGGUGUGCCCUUGUUGGAUAAUGCCUUCCAAGGCUACAACAACUGCAUCUUCGCCUACGGUCAGACGGGAUCCGGAAAAUCAUACUCGAUGAUGGGUUAUGGCAAGGAAUAUGGUGUGAUUCCCCGGAUUUGCCAAUCGAUGUUUGAGCGCAUCGCUACGAUCCAACAAGACAAGAACCUCGGCUGUACGGUGGAAGUGUCCUAUCUUGAAAUCUAUAACGAGAGAGUCCGCGAUCUGCUUAACCCCUCGAACAAGGGGAAUCUCAAGGUCCGCGAGCACCCGUCCACGGGUCCUUAUGUUGAAGACCUGGCCAAACUGGUCGUGCGCUCCUUCGACGAGAUCGAGAACCUGAUGGACGAGGGUAACAAGGCCCGAACCGUGGCUGCGACCAACAUGAACGAAACCUCCAGUCGAUCGCAUGCCGUGUUCACCUUGACCCUCUCGCAGAAGCGCCACGACGCUGAAACCUCGAUGGACACCGAAAAGGUCUCCAGAAUCAGUCUCGUCGAUCUUGCAGGUUCGGAAAGAGCAAAUUCGACGGGCGCCACCGGCGCUCGGCUGAAGGAAGGUGCUGAGAUCAAUCGCUCGCUCUCAACCCUCGGUCGUGUCAUUGCUGCCCUGGCAGAUGUGGCUUCUGGAAAGAAGAAGAAUGCUUCAAUGGUUCCCUAUCGUGAUUCUAUCCUCACAUGGCUCCUCAAAGAUUCCUUAGGAGGUAACUCCAUGACAGCGAUGAUCGCUGCGAUUUCGCCUGCCGACAUCAACUUUGACGAAACUUUGAGUACAUUGCGAUAUGCAGACUCAGCCAAGCGAAUCAAGAACCACGCGGUGGUGAACGAGGAUCCUAAUGCACGGAUGAUCCGAGAGCUGAAGGAAGAACUGGCGCAGCUGAGAGCGAAGCUCGGUGGUGGUGUAGCAGCGAUGGCAGGCGCCGCUGCCGGUAAUGCCGCUGUCGCUGGCGGGAUUCCGCCCGAGGAGUCGUAUCCUCCAGAUACGCCUCUGGAAAAGCAGAUGGUUUCCAUCCACCAAUCCGAUGGCUCUGUCACUAAAGUCAGUAAAGCGGAAAUUGUGGAGCAGCUGAACCAGAGUGAAAAGCUCUAUAAAGACCUGAACCAGACGUGGGAGGAGAAGAUGGCGAAGACAGAACAGAUCCAUAAGGAGCGCGAGACUGCGUUGGAGGAGCUUGGUAUCAGUAUUGAGAAGGGCUUCAUUGGCCUCAGCACGCCAAAGAAGAUGCCUCACUUGGUCAACCUCAGCGAUGAUCCACUGCUUGCGGAGUGCCUUGUGUACAAUAUCAAACCCGGGACCACUAUGGUCGGCAAUAUGGACCAAGGCAGCCAUGUGGAGAUUAGGUUGAACGGCUCCAAGAUCAUGGCGGAUCAUUGUAAGUUUGAGAAUGUGGACAACAUUGUCACCAUAAUUCCUAGUGAGGGUGCCGCCGUUAUGGUGAACGGGUUGCGCGUCGAUCAGCCCAAACGCCUUAAAAGCGGUUUCCGGAUUAUUUUGGGCGACUUUCAUAUCUUUCGCUUCAAUCAUCCGCAAGAGGCCCGUGCCGAGAGAGUCGAGCAAAGCCUACUGCGUCAUACUGUCACCACAAGCCAGCUUGGCUCGCCAGCGCCAAACAAAACGCAUGACCGCAAUCCGAGCAAAACCGGCUCGGAGAUCGAUGGCGAUUCAAGCAGGGCCGAUUCACCGAUGCCCUCUCAGCCCAGCAGGGAAUCCGAUUGGUUCUACGCUCGCCGUGAAGCCGUCAGCGCUGUACUGGGGCCCGAUCACAUCUCACAUAUGCCUGAUGAUGAGUUGGACGCCUUGUUUGAGGACGUGCAGAAGGUGAGGGCAACACGCCGUGGGCUGAUGGAGAACGAAGAGGACUCUGAUUCGUUGAGCUCUUUCCCAAUUCGGGACAAAUACAUGUCGAACGGCACGAUAGACAACUUCUCAUUGGAUACCGCCAUCACGAUGCCUGGGACUCCUCGUCCGAACGAUGACGAUGAGGGACAGAAUGGAGCUGAUGCGACGCUGCAAUCGGUGCGCCAAGACAUGCAGCGGCAGCUCGACCGGCAAAAGGAGGAAUAUCAAGACAAACUAAGGAAUGCAGAGACGUCAUCUACACAGGACGUCGAAGACCUCCGCUCUGAAAAGACUCGGAUGGAGGAAGCCCUGCGGACAGCGAAAGAGGAAUUUGAGGAACAACUGAAGAAACAGAAAGAAGCAUUCGAGUCCCACAUGAAAGAUCUUGGCCAACCGGUACCCAAAGUCUAUGAGAAUGGUUUCGCUAAGCUGGAUGCCCGGGAACUCGAAGUCGCUCGUAGGGUCUACCGCCACUGGUCUCAGCAAAACUACGUUCGCAUGGCCGAGAAGGUGCUGCAAUACGCUUCUCUGUUGAAGGAGGCCCAGGUCAUGAGCCAGAUCAUGGACAAAAAUGUUGUCUUUCAGUUUGCAAUCAUCGACCAUGGGCAUAACAUGGCUUCAUCUUAUGAUCUCGUACUUAAUGGGAUUUCCGGAGACGAGGACGUUGUCCUAGACGAUGCGAAGAAGCCGUGCGUUGCUGUCCGCGUGAUUGACUUCAAGCAAUGUGUGAUCCACCUUUGGUCCAUCGAAAAGCUCCAGCGUCGCGUUCAGGCUAUGCGUCAGCUGCACCAGUACAUCGAUCGUCCCGACUACAUCCAGCACUUCAAGCUAGAAAACCCAUUCUCCGAGCCCUGCUCGCCUCAGUACUCGCUUGUUGGUGAUGCCGAUAUUCCUCUCACUGCCGUGUUCGAGACUCGAGUCCAAGAUGUCUCCGUCGAAGUCAUCUCGCCUUAUACGCAGAACGUCGUCGGCAUCAUACGACUAUCUCUGGAACCGUCAUCGGCCCAGGCCCCGUCUUCCACUCUGAAGUUCAAUGUUGUUAUGCGGGACAUGGUUGGGUUCGCUGAAUGGGAAGGUUCGGAGGUUCACGCCCAGCUGGUCGUACCUGGGAUCUCCGAGGAAGGCGGUGCUACUACAACGCAGAUGAUCAGUGGGUUCGAUGAAGCUCCGGUACGUUUCGAGAGCGUCCACAGUAUGAGCUUGCCGUUAUCCAGCCCACGCAGCGCCGCUCUGAAAAUUUGCGUCUAUGCGCGCGUGACUCAAAUGCAUCUUGAUAAACUUCUUAGCUGGGACGACAUGCGUGACUCUGCCGAGCCGGUGCCCAAGAAAAGAAAGACCCCCCGGAUUGCCGAGACUGAGUUCUAUUCUGAAGAGAGACAUGACGUGUUCGCAAGAGUUCAGAUCCUUGAGUUGGCGGAGACAGGCGAGUACCUUCCGGUUGAGGUCGUCCAAAGCAAUAGCCUUGAUGCAGGCACGUACCAACUGCACCAAGGUCUUCAACGUCGUAUCAUGGCGAAUCUGACCUAUAGCUCCACCGAAAGUCUUCCUUGGGACGACUUGACCAACAUACGCGUGGGAUCGGUGCGACUGCUUGACCCUUGGGGCAAAAUCCCCGACCAAGAUUUGCAGACGCCAGACGUUCCACUGAAGUUCAUUCAAGAGCCUGGUGUGAAGGAAAAUGCGAAUGGAACCUCCAACAUAACCAUCAUCGGCCAAUGGGACUCCAGCUUGCACGGGUCUCUGCUUCUUGAUAGGGUCACUGCGGACAAGUACCGCGUACAGGUGACUUUGAGGUGGGACCUGAUUUCUUCACGUCUGCAGGACCCGGUUCCCUUCGAAAUCGACCUGACUCUUCAGAUUCAAGGCCGGACCUAUGUCCGACCGCAGUCAAUGUUUAAACAGUUCUUCAAUUCCACGCGUAUUGUGCACUCCACUGUUCGCAUGUUCUCCUUGGUUGUUCGUCCAGUUUCUGCCAAGCGGGCUGCAGAUCUGUGGCGCAUGAAUACGCAAAACGAUUAUGUCAAGGGAGAGGAAUUUCUGACUACGUGGUCCCCACGCAAAGUGUCCCUUGUGCGGGACUAUGUCACUGCGCGUAAACGGCGGCGACGCAUCGCGGAGCUGUAUGCUGCGAAAGGAGCUCUCAGUGCCAACAGUCUGGUAGCAUCUAUACGCAGCGGGCGUUCCACCCCUCUUCGGAGCCAAGAACGCGCCGACCGCGAUGCAAAACUUCUCCAGAAAUACAUCGACCUCUGGGCGAGAAAGACCGAUCCUAUAGAAGCGAUCCUCGUGAGAAGCAACACCGAGCCUCCUGCAGGCGGGGCGGCUUUUGCUUCUCGGAUCCGACAGCCUUCUUCCAGCGACGAUGACAACUCCAGCUCCACUUCCGACGAAGCGUCCUUGAAGCCGCGAUUCGUGGCUACUAUUCAGACCCUUCCGAAGAACCCUUCUUCCCACAAGUCCGGCUACCUGCUUACUCCGGACGAUACCAACAGCCACUGGGUGAGGCGGUUCGUUGAGCUUCGUCGACCUUAUCUUCAUGUCCACUCUGUCCCUGAUGGCGACGAGAUCAACGCGAUCAACCUUCGCAAUUCCAGAGUCGAUCACGCGCCUGACUUUGCGCGACUUCUAGAUGGUCCGGGAACAGCCGGUGACCGCGGCGCGUCGAGAGGUCGUCAUGUGUUUGCGGUGUAUGGGUCGCAGAAUACGUUCCUGUUUGCGGCCCGAACCGAGGCGCAAAAGGUGGAAUGGAUCUUGAAGAUCGAUGAGAGCUACUUCAACAACGCCGGAGCACGGGCGAUAACGAAUGGUUCUUGAUCUGUGCUUCUCUUGACUCGUUUGACCUUAGUCUUGGACUGAGGGUUCCAUCCACCCCCAUUUUGUAAUACAUUCUGUCUCCAUUUUUAUUCUAUUUUGACUUAUUGGCAGGCCUGGUGUUUAUCCCUUGUUAGACUCUUGACAACCCUUCCUGAUUGAUUUUGAGAUACCCCUGAAUAAAUUUGCCCUCAUGG